AUGUUUACGGCCCGCCAAGUCAAUUCACAAGAGCUCAAUCACUAUGACGGUCCGUCUACAAGUCAAACAAUCGAUGCGGAUGCGGAGAAGACCACCACUACCAACGACCCGGCUGAAGAAGUUCGCAAUCGUGAAGACUUUCCCGAAGAGAUCGAACACCCGACCCCAACCCGACCUCAAGUCAAGCUACCGGGAUAUUGGGAGUCUAUCGAUGUUACAACCAUCGAAGGACGAGGAGAAGGAGGCCUAGAGGACGGCGAGAUCGAUGAUGCUGCUCAAUUAGACGGAACGGACCUUGGGGACGUUGAGUUGGAAGACCUGUUGGAGUUGGAAGAGGACGGCGCCGACGUUGAAGACCUUUACGAGGGACUCGAUCAAGCCAUCCCAGAAAGCUUUGCUUCUUCUUCCUCGAACGAAACUGCUGAGCCACCACCCAAGCGUCCGUCCUUGAAUCGUGCGUUCCACCUUAAUUCGACGGCAUACCCUGUCCCCGCUUUCCCACCAGGGCUCCCAUUGUCAGAUCCUUACGUUAAGCGCGUCGAUACGUGGAUCACUGCCGGAGAAUGUGCUCUGUACCAACAUCCUCUGCUACACAAGUACAGGGCUGGCCUGAGCACCACGAUGGGUGCAUUGGAUGCCAACAAAGACGGAUACGCUGAUAGGGAUUGCCAUCCUGACGAUGUUUGCCAGAAAGAAUAUUUCAGAGCGGACGUUUGCGUGGUGGAUCUGGACGAAAAUGGGCUGGCCGAUGGGGUCUGA